ACACGCGAUACGACUGAAGAGGAGCAGGCGGGGUACUGGAGAAGAGUGCAGAGACGCAUGGAUGACGUCGGACCGAUUCCACAAUGCAUCUUCGAUGACGAUGAAUAUGAGACCCGCGUGCGUGGCGCCAAUAACGUCCUGGUACGUAUCGACGCCUCAAAUGCUGUACAUUAUAAGACGGCUGGAGGCAUGGGAAUGUGGCCCUCGAAUGACGCUUCUCACAAACUUGUGAAAGCUGUCAGGUUAAUAACACAAAGCGGCUUUGAGGCGUUUGUUAACCUGCCGGCCUGUUUUUCUCUUGGAAACAAAUUAAUUGCAAGGUUGUUUGAGGUGGAUGGGGAGAAUGACGUUAUUUAUCGACUAUUGACGAACCGUUGA